CAUGCGCGGGGCCCGGGGGCCUGGGGGCCCUGGAGCCCGGGGUUGGUGACCCGGGGCUCAGGGCGAGGACACACACGGAGCUCUCGUGUCGGGGAUCCCGGGGCCCAGCGGGCCGCCUCCUGCUCGGCCUCCUCUCAAGCGCUGGGGGCCUGCCUGGAACCCCGGUCACGGCCGUCGGUAGCGUAGGGGCUGCGCAGAGGUCCGGGCCAGGCACUGUAGCGACGCGGGGUCCUCCCGUUGUCGCCCGGAGGGAAGGCCCACGGGCCGGGACAUCGAGGCGCGCGCUUCCCUUGCACGGCUGCAGCUAAGGGCCCUGCCUUCUCCGCCAAGUGACAGUCUGUGACAAGCUCAGAACAAGAAGUCGUCACCACAGCUGAGCUCCGCGGCGUGACCACGCCGCCCAGGCAGGAUGGUGGACAUGGAGAGCCCGAUCUGUCCCCUCUCCCCACUCAAGGUUGAUGAUCUGGGGAGCCCGUUGUCCGAAGAGUUCCUACAGGAAAUGGGAAACAUUCAGGAGAUUUCUCAAUCCAUUGGAGAGGAUAGUUCUGGAAGCUUUAGUUUUACCGAAUACCAGUAUCUAGGAAGCGGUCCAGGAUCGGAUGGAUCUCUUAUCACAGAUACCCUGUCACCAGCUUCAAGUCCCUCCUCGGUUACCUGCCCUGUGGUUCCUGGCAGCAUAGAUGAGUCUCCCAGUGGAGCGUUAAAUAUUGAAUGUCGUAUCUGUGGGGACAAAGCCUCAGGCUACCAUUAUGGAGUUCAUGCGUGCGAAGGCUGCAAGGGUUUCUUCCGGCGAACCGUUCGACUAAAGCUGGUGUAUGACAAAUGCGAUCGUAGCUGCAAGAUUCAGAAAAAGAAUCGAAAUAAGUGCCAGUAUUGUCGUUUCCACAAGUGCCUUUCGGUCGGGAUGUCACACAACGCAAUUCGCUUUGGACGAAUGCCAAGAUCCGAGAAAGCAAAACUGAAAGCAGAAAUUCUUACCUGUGAACAUGACAUAGACGACUCCGAAACCGCCGAUCUCAAAUCCCUCGCCAAGAGAAUUUACGAGGCCUACUUGAAGAACUUCAACAUGAACAAGGUCAAAGCCCGCGUCAUCCUGGCGGGGAAGGCCAGCAGCAACCCACCUUUUGUUAUACAUGAUAUGGAGACACUGUGUAUGGCCGAGAAGACGCUGGUGGCCAAGCUGGUGGCCAAUGGCAUCCAGAACAAGGAGGCAGAGGUGCGCAUCUUCCACUGCAGCCAGUGCACGUCGGUGGAGACCGUCACGGAGCUCACGGAGUUUGCCAAGGCCAUCCCGGGCUUCACGAACUUGGACCUCAACGACCAAGUGACUUUGCUAAAAUAUGGAGUUCACGAGGCCAUAUUUGCAAUGCUGUCUUCCGUGAUGAACAAAGAUGGGAUGCUGGUAGCGUACGGAAAUGGUUUUAUAACUCGUGAAUUCCUAAAAAGCCUAAGGAAACCAUUCUGUGACAUGAUGGAACCGAAGUUCGAUUUUGCCAUGAAGUUCAACGCGCUGGAACUGGAUGACAGUGACAUUUCCCUUUUUGUGGCUGCUAUAAUUUGCUGCGGAGAUCGCCCUGGCCUUCUAAACGUAGGACACAUUGAAAAAAUGCAGGAGGGUAUUGUGCAUGUGCUCAAACUUCACUUGCAGAACAACCAUCCGGACGAUAUCUUUCUCUUCCCAAAACUUCUUCAAAAGAUGGCCGACCUGCGGCAGCUCGUCACGGAGCACGCGCAGCUGGUGCAGAUCAUCAAAAAGACGGAGUCGGACGCGGCGCUGCACCCGCUGCUGCAAGAGAUCUACAGGGACAUGUACUGAUUUCUCUUAAAUCAACAACAACUUUUCAAGGAGUUUUACAGCUGACAGCGCUACAGAGGAGAAAUGGGAGCAGCGUGAUUUCGCACAAGUAUCCACCACUCUAGCCUUAGAAGUCGGAAAGUCUAAGCUCUAGGUAACCGGAGUAUUAUUCCUUGUCUGUCUUUGUUUCAACCAGUACUUGUAAGAGUGUGCAUAGCACUCAAAUGCUGGUGAUAGGUGGCUAAUACCAGGACUUGGAAAAUUAAGGGGAAUUAUGUUCAACGAUCUGAUUUUAACUCACCCAGUGUUAAUCGGUGCACAUUUCUUUAUAUCACGUGAGUAACUGACCGUUUAAUUAACUGGUAACCUUGAAAUACGUGGUCUGUCUUCCCUCUUUACUACCCUUUUGACUGUUGUGCUCCUUUAUAAUUUUGAACACUAAUCAGCACUUUUUAACAACAUUUAUAAUUGUGUAAAUCUAGAUGUAUCCAAAGGUUAGGUAUUUUUAAAAGCAGCAAAAUAUUUAUUUGGAAGACUUCAUUCUGUUUCCUAAUCUGAAGAACGACAACAUGCUAUUUUUUAAUCAUAGGAUUGAGAGUUUUAUAGAACUAUUUGAUAAGCUAUCAAAAUGCAGCUGUUGUUUUGUUUUCAGUUCACUGUUCUCAUGGUCGUAACUAAUAUGUGGAAAAGCCUAUUUCCAGGUUUGUGUAGAAGAGCCCAGAAAACGACGUCGUGAGCCCCCCUGGACUGUUCUAAGCUAGCGUCUGCGGUGAGCAGGAACACGACAAACCGCGAGUGUGCUAGCUUCCCACUCCUCGCCCCUGUUCCUGUGAAAUCCCAACCAACUCAAUCAGGCCGUUUGUGGGCAUGAUAGUAUUUUUAGGGACAAAUUGACAAAUUAUUUGUAAAUGUUCUUCUGGGCCCCAUUUGGCAGCUCCUAUGUCUUUUCCUAUGUUGCUUUUUGAAAUAUGAUGCUUUGUUUUUUUAACUCUCGGUGGUAGCAAAUGCUCCCUGGAGCACAUGCGCACAUGUAACUUUCAGCCUGGGCUGGGAGCGGCUGCUGUCCCUGGAGAACGAGAGAGGGGUACUGCGUCCUCUGAGCGGCAGUUUUACUUAGUCUGAGAUUUCACAGCAGUUGGUUAUUUUUUACAAAGAUUUUGGUAGUCAAGUCUUUUUCCCCCGCCGUGUAUGUAAGGUAGUUUUUCUGACAUCUGAAAUGUUUGUUUUAGCCUUAAAGAUCAACUUCUCCCCCUCGGUGCAGUUGGGAAAGCGAUGUUGAGAUGGUAGUUGGUCCAGAACACACGGACCUGGAAGUACUUCCUCCUCCUGUCUAUCUCGUGCAUUAAUUGUCCCUCCAGCUGGAACUAGACUGGACCUGCCAGUGCCGACUGUGACCUCCAUGGCGCCACCGUGCACCUUCUGUGUCCCUGAGGCCCCUUCCCUAUCUUCAGAAAAUUUGGUGCUUCUGACAUUGUUAUUUAAAGAAUGACCAGGAUCGACAGGGACAAAGUUCCCCAGAUCCAUGCUAUGAAAAUAUGACAGUAGAAAGGACAAUGACACUCUGAGACUUCCACUAGGAAAAAAGUGAAAGUUAGGAGUAGGACAUCCUUUUUUAAAAAAUUACACAUUUAGUGGUGUUUUGGUUUUGUUUUUCUUUUUUAAGCUCCAAUCCAAGGAUCUGCUGGCCAGCAGGCAGCAGGCGGCCUGCCCAAGUGUCUUAGGGGUCAGAGCACAGGAAAGUAUUUCCACCUAUGACACCAAUCGAGGGUGAUCCUGACUCAGAAGGAAGCUCGGGCUUGGGCCACAUGGCACAUUCGUUCAGUGUCCUUUCCUAGAGUGAGGACUCCCCGUACCGACGGGACUCAUUUCGGGAUCAGAGGCUGGAGUCCGAUGCCACGUGUGUGCUGCCCCCACUGACCACGUGGCCUCUCGCUCUAGACCAAUGCUGCUCCGUCAGGCGUGGCCCAGGAACACAAGCCUCGAGGUUUUCAGAAAAGCCAUUCGUUUUGCUUAAAUUUUCAUAUGAACCUAUGUAAGACUGCUCCCUAUUUUGAGCUCUCGGCAGUAACAGGCAAGCUGGCCGCCCUGCGUGAGCUUACCGGAUGCUGCAGGGUCAGUGAGUGCUGCUCUCUCAGUGCCUAGCAAGACUCUGGUGGUGUCCCCACGCGGCCAGAAGGGAGCCUACAAGUGACUCAGCUUGAAAGUCACUCGCCAUCGGUAUCAAUAGGAAGGAAAAGCACACGUUCCCAUUUCUUUAAAUAACAAAGUCACUAAUGGCCACUAACUGCCAGAAUGUUUUGGGUCACCUACUCCAAGAUUUCUCAGGGUAUCAGUAGUCAAAUACAGGCCAAUUAUGCACCAGUUCAAAAUACUGUAGCAUUUCGAAUAGGAACUGUUAAAAGAGUGCACGUAUUGCUUGCUAGGUUUCCCCAGACUUCAGCAAAAAGUACAAUAGAGAUGUCACAACAGGUUCGAGGAGUUUCAGACCCCUGCGUAGGGUCCACUUCCUCUGGCAGCGAACGCAGGAAAUCAACGCGACCCACUCUUCGACGAGUCAGUGUUUAAACCUGGUUCUUCAUUUUCUCAACUUUUAAUAGCAAAAAGUGCCAGACUCCUCAGAGACCACAGAAUUACCAAGCAGCCUUGGUCUCACGUGCUGAGCAGGAUGAAGGGACGCCUAGGGGCUCAUCCAAGAUGUGCCUCGCGGCGUGCCAGCUAGCUGCUGGGCCCCGCGUCAGACACGGGCCUCUCUGAAAUCCGCGGGGAGCCUGGCAGUGCCCCGCCCCUUCUGCAUCUGGGUAUUUCCAGCUGGGCGGCCCCAUGCUGAGUUCUGCACCCACCACACCUGGAAGGCCAGAGGGCCACUUGGGAAUGAGACCAUUUGGAUGAAGUGCAGAACUAUCAGGGCAAGAUGCUUCCACCUACACCAGCAAGAGUGGCCUUGGCCUAGGAGGUGGCACGGAUACUGAGCACACCAGCUAGUGACCCUUCCUCCUUCCCACCUCGCUCACCGGUUUGCCCUUGACCUUCCUCCAGCUCUGAUGAGAACAGGUGUCUCCCGUGCAUAACAAGCGUGCAGAGCGGGAGAGAGAAACCCAGUACUCAGGGCACUCAAGAAUGUCUGCGGGAGCUGUCCCUAUUCUAAAGGGUUUUUCAUUUUAAGAGCAUAGAAGGUACCUUUCUGUUUGUUCUGACACAUUUCCUACACUGGCCAUUUGAGACCCCAAGGGACACAAACUGCCUCGAGCAUUGUCUGGAGGUUCCGGGGACAGCACAGCAUCCCAGAGCUGAGCAGAAGCUCGAGGGAAGUAGUUGGCGUGUGAUGCUGAGUACACCCUUAGUUUAGCAGCCACUCCCCCAACACGCUGUGUGCUGGCUACCUCAACAGGCGCUACAAACGGCACCGUUAACAUUAAGGUGCACGCGCACUGGGGCCUCGGUGUCUCUGUAACCAGACCAUGUGUCACUGGGGCUCCUUAAGCACACGCACGCCUGGGGUUGCCUGCACACGGAGAAAUAAUGGCUUUUGUCACUUUCUAAGAAAUCUGGGUUGUUUAAAGGGAGCCCAAACGAUACGCACAUGCACAAGUUGCUGCCGCAAUUUGGCGCAACUGAGAUUGGGUGUGACCCGGGUUUGGGAUGGUCCUGGUCUGCAGUGACCCCCUGACCAGGAGCUCCCCUCUCUUACCUACUCCCGCCAGCCUGGGGAGGCUCCCUUCCUGGGAGUGAUCCCACCACGUGAGGAUGGAGACAGAUGCCUCAAAGCAAGCCUUAACACAGCUGCGACUUUCUGAGGUCUGUCUCCUUUCAGCACGCACCUGCACCCCUCUGUGAUUCCGGGCACUUCUUGCCUCCAGCUCCCACUGUGACACAACCACUGUGCGUCAAACCACAGUGACACCCAGCACAUUUGAUACUUACCAGCCCGAUGCAUGACAGAGGGAGAUUUGGAUCUUGACCCAGUGGACACCCUACCUGUCUUUGGAAUGUCUCUCUGAACUCCAGAUAAGCCUGGAUGCAUCGUUUCAACCCAGCGGGCCCAGUGCUCCCAGCUGAGACCAUUGAGACCAGCAGUGUGGCCUUUUGUCAAGGGCUUGCAGGGCCCCGGGAAAGCCAGCCACCUUCAAAGUACCUCUUCAACCCGUGAGGCUGUUGGAAAUGCAGAUCCCACUAGAAGAACGGGUCAGGUGCCUACAGCUCACCACUUACGCACGCCGUGGUUCCUGAUGGCUUGCGAAGCAGGCUCCUGCGGUCUCCUCCACGCUUCAACCCCCUGAGGGGUCAGAAAGGGAAUCAGCCCCCAUUUGACAAUGAAAACGCCAGCCUCGGGAUGUAGGGCCAAGUCUUCGGGCCCCGGGCACAGAGCACUUUCUGCACCUCCGGCAGCCCCCUGCUCUUCCCUGGCACUUACGACUGGCGGGGUGGGGCCAGAUGACCCGGCUGAGAGGUGGCAGCCUCUCCUCAGCUCCCGCUCUGAGGACGGCCAGCCAGUCCUCUGCGGUUAGCACGAUCUGCCUGAUGCGGUGUCCUGAGGGAUUACUCUUUAAAAGACUAAGUUCAGGACAGUGGUGCAGAUUCAGGAGAGGCAGGGAAACUCUACUAUCCACAGAAGUCCCAAAGCAAGAGCGAUGCCACCAAUUGAGGGCUUACUGAUGAUUAAAAAGUAUUCACAGAAGAUCUGUGCAUCCAAUUUUCACAUCACUGGCAUUGCCGAGCACGGGAAGGAUUUGUUCUUCUCAUUUUAAACUGGUCCAGCUUCUCUUAACGUCUCCAAGCUGGUUUGUUCGGCUGCAUGGGAAUUUCUUUCCAACCCGAUCUUUGCGUGGGUUUGUCAGUCUAGGAGACUGUGCGCCGUCCUAAUGGCAGUAGUGAUGGCGCUGUCAUUGAAGCCCACCUUCAGACGUCGCAGUCUGGAAGCGAAAUGUCCACGAGCACUGCAGCGGGAGGGCUAUCGGCCUGCUCGGCCGUCAGAAGCAAAGGGAGGGUUGUGACAAACAGACGGGGCUGACUCGCCGCAGCCGUCCUGGAGACAGCUAAGGGACACCUUGCCAUGGGAGUCGCUGAAGCCACUAAGCCAUUAAGUGUCCUCCUCCUCCGAGAGUCCUUCUGCCUAGAAAGAUCCGAGACUGGGUUCCAAAUGUUGAGCUCUAGGUUUUGGCUGGGAUUUAUAUGCUUUUAGGUGCCAUUUGAUGGAUUCAGGAAAAUGGUCCUUGACUCCAUAGAUUAGGGUAAGAAUAAAGGCAAUGAAUUUGGUCGGACUCAGUGUAGGAGAUUUAUUGUAUUUCUCUGGAAACCACAAUACACACGGAAAUGUGAAAUUGGAAGUUCUGUUUUUUAAAAAAAAGACCACGAGCUUCUUGCUGUAGUUGAGCAAUCACGCGAUGCUUCCCAGGCUAUGUCUGUGGAAGGCAGCAGCUUCUUACACGCUAUGUCAGUGUCACGGGCUGCAGGCUCGUCACAAAAGCCCCAUGUGAGGCCUCUCGUUAGGAGGACAGAGAGCAACAGGCUGGGGCCCAGGGCCGUUGCCCUUUUAGCAGCCCCAGGCACUGGAGGACAUCGUGGCAAACCUGGACCGGGGCGGUCAGUUUGCGUCUCAGAAUUCCAGUUUGAGACGUGAAAAGUACAAUCAGUUACUGUCCCCCUCAGAGGAGCCCUUCGUGAGGGAGGAGGGGCCGUGGCAUGUGGUUGGGCUGGGACACACAGCCGUCCCAGCCACAUCUCCUGGAGUCCCUGGCCGAGGAGGACAGACCUAAUUGUGUCCACGUGCAAUGUCACAGCCUGACUGAGGCCGUACCAAGUACUUCAGUGGCCCCAUGGCUGUUAGAUGCAUUAUUUGCAAAAAAUGAAAAAGUAAGAGAUACUGGUGUUUAUAUCAUAGAAAAUGUGAAAAACUUCCAUGUUUUUCUCCAGGGAAAGGAACACACCAGCCUCCUCCUCUCUUAACCCUUCUUCCCUCCCAACCCAGCAUCGAAAAUCCGUUACUCCGACGCGCUGAUGCUGUGCAGGCCCUGAACCGCGAGCCCUGCCCCAGGCACGGUGCUGAGCAGGGCAGAGCCGCCAGGGACAGGCGCCUGGCACCUUUGCGGGCCCCUGAAGACAAGUAAAAUCACUCACUUUUGGAACAUUCACUUUUUUAAAGUCAGUUCCUUUUUCAGGCCUAAAAAGAAACGUACCUCACAAAAGAUGGAUACCACUGAGUUCCCCUUUGGGUAAGAUUUCAGCAUUCGUGUUGAGUAUCACUAUUUUCUCUACACUGUGUGGUAAAAAGAACUGUGUUAAUAGCUGUAUCUUAAAUAUCGUGAUUUGUUUUUUGCAAACAUUUUAAUACGAAUAUUUUACUAACUUAUAAUCAUUCAUCGAAUAACAGACAUGAGGAUUCUUUUGAAAUCAGUGUUAAUUGAUAUAUAUUCUAAAAAGCCUGGCUCUUGAACCCACUGGAAACACAAAGAAAGCCGAAAUAAACGACGGAAGGCCAACUGCACACGCACACGCAGACACAGCUUUUCGCUGCUCCCGAGCCGUGCGAAACCCACUCUCAUGGUGAACCGUUCCCUCCGCCACACUUUACAUGCAAGAAGCGCCAGGGACCCUGUCUUUCCUCCCCCCUGCCAGCGAGGCCUUCUCGGGCCCCAGGUUAGAGGCCACUGAUUUCAUACGACAGCAUUUUGCUAAAGGCCCUUAACCACUCGUUUAGUAAACAGCUGUCUGCUCUUCAGGGAAUUGUUACCUAUGGGUAUUACCAAAGAACUUCGGCAAUUUGAAACAUUCUGAUGGAAAUUAUUUGUACACGCUGGUUCUCUGGCAUCCUCCAGAUGGUCCACCCCGAAGCAUAAAGCAGAACCGACAGACCCCGUGAGUUUCUCGUAGGUUGUUUUCAGUAUCAUGGCAACAUUUCUUUUCGGUGUGUGUUUGUGACACCCUCUGGGAUCCACGAUGCCACUACGCUAACGCCCCUGGGGAGAGGGAGGACAGGCACGUGAGAAGGGUGCAGAUCCCAGAGCGGGGAUGGAAGCUGGCUCCUCGGCACGUGUGCAGCGUUCCUGUCCUUGGGUGCCUUCUGCUCCCAAGGCAUUUAGGGGCUUCAGACCCGUUGUUUUCUACGCCAAACAGGAGCAGCUCCAAAGUAGGAAUGCUGAGCAAGCGCUGGCGUCCUCUCUCCAACUUCCUUCUCUUCCCAGGUGGGGAGGGAACCCGGAACCUCAGGAAUCAAGGGUGUGCAGAGAAGGGCAAAUGGAAUUUUUCUAGUCACAUUAACUGAUUGUUUCCAGGCAAUUAGAAAAUGGCUAUGAAAUAACCUUAAUUUUUAUAAAAUCUUGGGUCUUCUUCAUUUUCCUGCCAGGAGAUUGAACUGACCACAUGUAUUGAUUUAUAUCCUGAAUUACGGGAACUUGCGUGUCUGGAAUGUCCUACUGUAAGACGGAUGAAUGUGAAGAGUUAAUUUCAGGGUACAGUUUUGCCUUAAUGGUUUAAAAAAAUAAACUAUUUUUAAAAUGUUU